CCGGUGGCCCAGUGGCAGGCGGGACGCCACCUGGUGUAUGAUACAUCGUCACCGAGCCCCCCGCUUCACCGUACAACUAUACUCAGCACUGUCGUCGACACCCUUAUCAAGCAAUCAAACAUCCUCUUAUCUCCGACUCUAAACGCUCGUUCGCAUUCCGCUUCUACCACAGCCUAUUAUCGCUGCCAGGCUUCCUGAUCCAUCGCGACAAUGGGCAACUCAGCGUCCGCUGUGGCGGACACCGCGCAGCGCGUUCGUACUGCCGUGGCUAUACUAGCAAAACUGCCUCUGCCGGCGGCGACUCGCAUUCCAAUAAUCGCGGGGAUAUGUGCAGGCGCGGUUCUGGUGACCGUCGUCGAAGUCUUUCGGAAACCACCCAAGCCGGAAAAUCCUACUGUGGAGGCCAUCCAGGCCUACCUCGCGGGUGAGGAAAUGCGACUUCUCGUAUCGGAGGAUGAACUAUGGCCUGAAAAAGAGAGUGGACACAAAGGUAAUGGUGGGCGCUCUGGGAAAGGUCAAAGGAUGAAGGGCAAAAACAAACGCACGAUACAAGAGGAAUGUGAUGAGAUCCUGGAACACAUCCGGGUGCAGGAGGAAGCGGCUGAGUCGCAACGCAAAGCGGACGAAGUGAGACAGGAACUCGAAGAGACCAGGCACAACCUCAAGAACGGAAUUCAACCGGUGGUCUGGCCGACGAAGCAGGAAUUCGAAGCUGCUAAGGUCAGAGUCGAGUACCAAAGAGACCUCUUACACUUCGCCAUCAGCGGCCCAUCCGGCUCGGGGAAGAGCUCUCUCAUCAACGCAUUUCGAGGGCUGAAGACCAAAAGUCAGGAAGCUGCGCCAGUGGGAGCUGUUGAAACGACAACCACCAUCACUCGAUACCCGGAUGCGCGCCAGGAGACGGAGUAUCGGCGGUUCGUGUGGUACGAUGUUCCGGGUGCCGGCACCAUCAAUAUACCAAGUUGGCAGUAUUUCAACCAACAAGGACUGUUCAUAUUCGACUUCAUAAUCCUGGUGUACGAUGCUCGUUUCACCGAGAUCGAUGCCGAUAUUCUCGAGAAUUGCCACAGGUUCGACAUUCCCGUGUUCAUUGUCCGCUCCAAGGCCGAUCAGCAUAUCGCCAACAUGAUGAUCGAAGACGACGACCUUACCUACACGGAGGCACGCGAUAGAUACAUCGCGGAUACCCGACAGAACCUCGAAUCCAACCUCAAGAAGCGCAACCUCUACGACGAAAACACUCGCUGCUACAUAGUCUCAAGCACAUGUUUGUAUGAUCAGACAAAGAGCACGGAGACAACAAACAACGUCCCGCCGGCCCGAAAGAGAAGCAAGGAAGUGUACAUAGAUGAGGAGCAAUUGCUCGCCGAUCUCCUCAAGACGGGGAUUCAACGGCGAUAUAGCGAGUCCGCGCACAUCACUAUUAGAUCAUCCGCCACUACAAUGGAAGAAAUCGCUUCCUCCGUGCCGGAGGUUAUGCACGGCGGGUCUUCACCUUCUACUGCAACGUGAUGCGAUGGUUAUGGUUUUAUCGAGCUGCCGUAUCUGGGAUAUUCAUGACUUCUCAACUACUUAUGAUGUCUUUUUCUUUUCCUCUUAUUUUCAUGGUGUUCCUGGGUAGGAUAGCAGGCCGGUUUAUGCCCGACAUGGCACCCUCAACACUUCCGGCCAGCCGCAGUGGGCAGGAGAAGAGUGCGACGGUUCGCCAUUGUCUAGAUAGGCUGCAUGCAAAAUAAAUUGAAGAUCUCUCUCUAUCUCUCUCUCUCUCUUGCCC